GCUGUUGGUGUGUCAUGCGUCUGUGUUGCUGUUUGAAAGGGGUGUGUUUUCUGCUAUUCAUAGUGGUGAGAACCUCAGAGGUCUAUUAGAGGUCGGUGUCAGUGAGUACUGGUAGUAGCAGCCACUGCAGCACACCAGUGGUCAUCCGAAUUUCACCUCUGGUAUUUUGGACACUCCUACUAUUUUUCUUCUCUCUCUGUAGCCCACACUUCUGAAUUGGUCAGUGCAGAAGAAGACAUGCAGACUCAGGAAGUCCUGAGACAGCUGCGCAUUCCAGAUCUGGAUGAAGUUCGUCAGUAUGUUCGAGGACUGCCCACAAAUGCACUGAUGGGUAUGGGGGCAUUCGCUGCCAUUACCACUUACUGGUUUGCCUCCAGGCCAAGAGCCCUCAAACCACCAUGUGAUCUGGCCAUGCAGUCGGUGGAAAUACCAGGUGAAGAACGUGCCAGAAGGUCCGCCCUGAAUGAAGGUGACGAACAUCCAACUUACUUCUACAGUGAUGCACGCACCAUGUACCAGAUGUUCCAGCGAGGACUCAGAGUAUCGAAUGAUGGACCUUGUCUUGGAUCAAGAAAACCAGGCCAACCGUACGACUGGCUGUCGUACAAAGAGGUUUCAGACAGGGCAGAGAACCUUGGUUCUGCUUUUCUUCACAAAGGACACUCUCAGACAGGAGACAAGUUCAUCGGUGUUUUCUCACAGAACAGGCCAGAGUGGACCAUUUCAGAGUUGGCCUGUUACACAUACUCACUCGUUGUCGUCCCGCUGUAUGACACCCUGGGUCAAGAGGCCAUUGGAUUCAUUAUUGAGAAAGCUGUCAUCUCAACGGUGAUCUGUGACGUGCCUGACAAGGCUCAGAUCAUUUUGGACUGUGUGAAUGGGAAAGGACAAUCAGUAAAAACCAUUGUUAUCAUGGAGGACUUCCACAGUGACCUGGUGACACGUGGAAAGGACUGUGGCGUGGAGAUUCUGAGUUUAAAAGACUUUGAGGAUUUGGGUAAAGCUCACCAUCAGAAACCAAUGCCUCCUAAACCAGAGGACCUGGCUCUAAUCUGCUUCACAUCUGGAACCACAGGGAACCCGAAAGGUGCAAUGCUGACUCACUGCAAUGUAAUCUCCAACACUGCAGCUUUCCUCAGAAUCACAAAGGUGCACUGCAUGCUGGACCAGCACGACAUUCACAUUUCCUACCUCCCCUUAGCGCAUGUGUUUGAGAGACUUGUGCAGGGGGUGGUUCUCAUCCACGGAGCUCGGAUCGGUUAUUUCCAGGGAGACAUUCGACUUUUAAUGGACGAUCUGAAAACUCUGCAGCCCACAGUGUUUCCUGUUGUCCCACGGCUCCUCAACCGCAUGUUCGACAAGGUGUUCAGUCAGGCCAACACUCCACUGAAGAGGUGGGUGCUGGAUUUUGCUUUUAGGAGGAAGGAGUCAGAGAUGAAAAGGGGUGUGGUCAGAAAGGACAGCAUGUGGGACAGACUCAUUUUCAAAAAAGUGCAGGCCAGUCUGGGUGGUCGUGUCAGACUCAUGAUUACAGGAGCAGCACCGGUGUCACCUACCAUACUGACGUUCCUGCGGGCGGCUCUGGGCUGUCAGUUUUAUGAAGGCUACGGUCAAACUGAAUGCACAGCUGGGUGCACAAUGUCAAUGCCUGGAGACUGGACGGCAGGUCACGUUGGACCUCCUCUGCCCUGUAACACCGUCAAACUGGUGGAUGUGGCAGAAAUGAAUUACCUGUCAGUCAACGGUGAAGGAGAGGUGUGUGUGAAAGGACCAAAUGUAUUUAAGGGGUAUUUGAAAGACCCAGAGAAGACGGCAGAAGCCCUCGACAAGGAUGGAUGGCUGCACACGGGAGACAUCGGGAGAUGGCUUCCUAACGGUACUCUAAAAAUCAUAGACCGCAAGAAACACAUCUUCAAACUGGCGCAGGGAGAAUACGUCGCUCCGGAGAAAAUAGAAACCAUUUAUAGCCGAAGUGAGGCAGUGGCUCAGAUAUUCAUUCAUGGUGACAGCUUACAGGCCUGUUUGGUAGGGAUAGUGGUAACAGACCCUGACUUUUUACCCAUUUGGGCCAAGAGUAAGGGGAUUGAAGGGUCCUACUCUGAGCUGUGUAAAAAGAAGGAAGUGAAGGACGCAAUUCUUCAAGAGCUGUUGCAAUUGGGCAAAGAUGCCGGUCUGAAGACUUUUGAACAGGUGAGAGACAUUGCACUACAUUCUGAGAUGUUCACCGUCCAGAACGGUCUCCUAACCCCGACCCUGAAAGCCAAGAGGGCGGAGCUGCAGAAGCGUUUCCGAGAGCUGAUAGAUGAACUCUACGCCAAAAUCAAGAUGUGAACCAGGUUUAAAGCCGUCGUUCAGAUUCACACCAAUAAGGGGUGACGUGAUACUUGAUUUAUUUUAGUGUUUUGCCAGUCACACUCUUUUUGCUUUUGUGAAACCCGGGGUUAUACUUCCUGAUUGUACAGCUAAGCAUUUCUCCAGUGUCGGCCAAAAAAAACGGGUUCAAGAUAAUCCUAGAACAUAGUGUUUCAUUGGGGUAAAUUAGUAAUUAAGUUUUAUUUGUACAGGAACUUCACACAGAGAAGAUAGAAAACACGACAAAAUUAAGUUUUAACUGCCAGUAAUUCCUCAAAUAUGUAUGGUCAGAAAAGUCCAAACUCUCCAAACAUUUUUCUCAGGUUACUUAACAUUUAGAAUGAAAAACAUUUGAAUAGUACGGCGUAUAAAUAAUGAUCGAUUGAUUGUAACAUAGGGCGGCUACAUAAUCUUAAAGCUUGGAAAUAAAAUUACCUUUAUGUCUGCGCGGAAACUGCGAGAACGUGUCAACAAUAGGUUUAUUUUAAGCAUUCACUGCCAUUGAGUGGAACCUGUGGGAAUUAUAACGGGGUUUAAAUAACGGCGGGAAACAACACCAGAGACAUAUGAAUGACGUAACAGAAUUGUACCAGGAAGUAGGCGAAUAAUUCCCAUGUUCUCUACAGAAAUUAAAUGAUUUAACCUUUAAAAAAGUAGAAAAAGAGAAGUCGAUGUAACAGAGUAGUUGGAUCUUAAAUGUUUUUAAUAUAUAUAUUCUCACAGACACUGUCUUCUCAUAUCUGACCAGACUUGAAUUGAAACCCAGCACAAGGAAUAUUAACUAUUUAUAAACCAGAUUUCUAAUCAGUUGGUUAUGGUUUAGGCAUAUAAACUGUAUAUACUGUAAUUGGCUGGAAAUUUAAGUGCAGAUUUUUUUUUUCAUACUUUUCACUGUGCAUUCCCAUGUUUCUCAGAGCUGCAGGCCAAGAAGUGACAAACCUGUUCAAAGUGCACAAUGUAGUUCAAAUUCAUUUGGGACUUAAAUGUUAUUGUUUUUUAACUUCUGUUGAUCUUGUGGCAGUGCAUGGCAAACGGUGAACAUUGUAUCUUUAUAGACGCUGUUUUUGCAAAUACAAAAGGUCCUCUCUUUGUUAGCUACUAAUCAGUCAGAAAAAGCAGUAAUGUUUGUGUCACAUUUUAUAAAUUAUAAUGUUUUUAAAUAUUUAUUUACCUGGUCCUGCCAAACAUUUCACACCAGCUGACUGGUGUGAAAUGUUUCUUGUGAGUGACACGUCCCAUCGGUUGUGCCAUGUUUUUUUUUUAAGGCUGAUACAAAAAAGGGUAAACAGUGCAGUGAAGCGAAAACAAUAUAUUUGUCUACUGUUCCAAAUAAACACU